AUGAUGAAUAUGGAUUCUAUAAAGGUAAAGGUAAUUUCUAUGAAAGAGUACAUUCCAGACAUGUCACUAAGAAACAUUCAAGACAUAGUGUACAUAACCAAUCCAGACCAGAUUAAAAGAAGAAACAAAUACAUACUGGUUGGUGCUAUAACACUUGCAGUAAUUAUGCUUAUAGUAGUAGGAGGUCUUAUAGCCAGACGGUUCAUGAAUAAAAACAAUGAGAGACAAGAAAAUGAUAAUGCAGGUAUUGCUGCUUAAGAGCCACUGUUUUAAGAAACAGCUGCCGAAUUAUAACCAUAAUUAAGAAAAAAUACAUGGUUGAUUACCGCAAUAGGAUAAAUAUAGACGUAUCUUCUUAUGUAUAUGCCAAAGGCAAUGCAUAUAUAUUUUUAACUAAAUGUAUAAUAGAAGAACAAAUUAUUCAUAGCAAACCAGC